AUGGAGAUAAUGGAAAGAGAGAAUGGCAUACGGCGGUCGCAGCGUGUGCCACAACAACGCAAAAUGUUUUCUGGACUGCAGACUGGAGAAGAGCUUGACAUGGCUGCAAGCACAGGAACUGAAACAGAAUCCAAUAGAGACUCUACAGAUGAAGCAGCCGGAACAGGUGAUGAAUAUAUCGAUGAUACCGUACAUACAGGCAUAAUACGUGCACGUGCAAACCAUGCAAGCCGUGUAGGUCGUACAAAUCGUUCUGAACAUGCAGCACGUUCAGGACAUGGAAAGAUAGCACAUAAGCAGUCUGCACCACACAGAGAUCAAACAGAUAAAGGUCAUGGAGAUACUGGAGACUCACUAUUUGAAGCAUUGACAGAUCGUGAAACGUCUGUAGAAGUACACGUACAGGAUUGGAUUUCGAGAUAUGAAAAGAAUGAAGGCACCGCCAUGCUGGAACUUAUUAAUGGAAUCUUGCGGUGCAGUGGGAGUGAGCAAAAGAUUGAGGCAGACCAAAUAGCAGACGAGGAUGGAGCAGCAGAUACUCUCUGGGAGAUUCAAGAGGCGUCGAAAAAAGAAAUAAAACGAGACUACCCGAUUAUUUCAAAGACGAGUAGAUAUAAGGGGUUUAAGAAAGAGAUAAAUGAGUUUUGGGAGUGUUUAGUUAAAGAGAUGGCACAACGGGAACAUCUUUUUAAUCGACCAGAAUUUAUCGGACAAUUGCAGAUAUGGGUAGUAGCAAUGUCAAGCAGUACGUUGCGAUCGUUCAGGCAUACGAGCACAGUGAUCAGUCUAGCAAUGGUGACAGGGUUUUGUGAGGUGAUUAACUGUCUUGAGAGAGAAGAAGUGGCAGCAAACAAGCAGUACGAGGGGGAAAAAAAGAAAAAAUACAUAAAUGAGGAACGUAUGACAGUAAUUGAAGGAAAAAUUUCGGCAUUGGAGCAGAAGAUAGGGUUUGUUAAGGCUGCGAUGAAUGAUUUCUUUGAUAGUGUUUUUGUCCAUCGAUAUCGGGAUGUGGAUCCCAGGAUUCGGAGUGAUUGUAUUCAUGCACUUGGACUUUGGAUGGUAAAAUUGCCCAGUAUAUUUUUCGACGGUACAUAUCUUCGAUAUAUGGGAUGGGUUCUUUCGGAUAUUAGUCCAUUAACUCGGUUGGAGGUUGUCAAGGCGUUGACAAAGUUUUAUUCGAACAGCGAGUUUAUCGCAGGAUUACGGCAUUUUACGGAAAGAUUUAAACCCAGGCUGAUUGAAAUGGGACUUUGUGAAGCGGAUCCCGGCAUUCGAUGCUCGUCUGUCGCUUUAUUAAAUGCAGUACGACUUUGUGGGUUUUUGGAAGAUGAUGAAAUUGAUUUGAUAUGUACUCUUCUUUUUGACGUUGAUUCCAAAAUAAGAAAAAAGGCGUGUCCUUUUUUCCUUUCUAAGGUGGAUGAGGUGUUUGAAACUAAAGUGCAGGAAAUAAACAGUUCAGUGGCAAAACAGGGAAAAAAUAUCCAAAAUGGUAUUAUGGAACUUGAUAAAAUAAUGUGGGUAAAGUAUAAAACAAUUGCAGAGCUUUUGGUUCGGUUAGAUGAAACGGCAGAUCAUAUUAAUUCCGUUAAUAAGGAAAAUCUAGUCCAUAAGAAGCAUGGUAGUGGUGAAUACCUUGACAUUAUUUUAGAAUCGAAAUUUGAAAAUAGAAUGCAUUUGCUUUUAAUGACAAUAUGUCCGGAAGUAGAGGAAUUAAAGAAUUGGGAAUUAUUGUCAGAAUAUUUAUUAUAUGAUCAUAUGGUAGUUUCUUCAGAGUCCGGUUCACCUAAAGGACCUAAAUAUAAAUUUUAUCAAGUAUGUGCACCAACUGGAAAAGAAGAAGUAGUACUUUUAGAAAUUCUUUAUGUUUGUGUUUAUAUGGAUAUUAUUUCGCCGAAUUAUGAUAUAAAAUCUAAAAAAAGGUUAUCAUUGUAUGUUGAAGAACAUGAAGAAAGUAUUUCGCGAGCUCUUCUUGAAAUGGUUCCAUCGUUGUUAAAAAAGUAUAACUCUUUGACAGAUGGCAUAGUGUCUAUUUUGCGUUUGGAGCAAUUAAUGAAAUUAAAUGUUUAUCAACAGUUUCGCCAAAAUAAGACAUAUGAAAAUCUACUUAAUUUAAUUGGGAAACAAUUUACGAAGCAUCCUAAUAAUUCAAUAAUGAAAGAAGCAGCUUCAUCUUUGCUUAAAGCUCAAGAAUAUGAUGAACUCGCUUCAAUUACUCAGGGAAAAAUUUUAGAAAUUCAAGAAGAAGUAGUUAAUGAAUUGAAAAAUAUUAGACUAAAUAGAAAUUUAAAGACAGCUCAUUUAUCAAAUAAAAUAAUCGAAAAUCUUACCAUUACACUUAAACGAUUGGAUUAUAUAUCCUCGAUCUCUGAUUGCAUACAAAUUUUUGAGACUGAAUCGUUUAGUGUUUUUUCUGUUUUAUUCGAAAUUAUUGAAAGAGAGGUUUCGUCUAGUAAUGAAUUAGAAAUGGUUAUUAGUUCUUUAAGAACAUUGAAAUGGUUAUAUAUCUGGAGAGUAAAGCAUUUUAUAGAUUGUCAAAACGAUAUACCUUACAAAGAGUUCAAUACGAUAAUCGCAGAUCGUGAAGAACUUUUUGAUAAACUUUAUUUAAUUAUACAAGAUAGAAAACACUAUAAAAUUAGAUACCAUGCUGUAUUUUUAUUAAUAGAUCUCUACAUAGUUUUCUCAAAUUUUAGAAAAAUAAAUACAACACAAAUAUUUGAUGAAAGUAUUUUUAUUAUACCCGAAAAGGCUCAAGAUAUUAUAAUAUUAACACUUAAUUGUUAUAUAAAGCAGUAUACUAAAUUUAAUGAAUGUAAAGAUGUAAAACUUUUAAUUGAUGAGGAAUCUGAUCAAGAAUUCAUGGAUGAUAAUGAUGAAAAAACGGCUUUGAUUCUAGAAAGAUAUAUGUGCGAGAUUGCAGGAAAAGUAGUAUUAGCAAUUUUAAGUGGUGCAAUGGACAAAAAACAUAUUUCAUAUCUUAUGGAAAAUAAGGGUAAAUUGGGAUUAAGUUAUAAUCAUGUAAUAGCUGAACUUGAUUCAUUAAAGAAAAGUAGAGAAAUUGCUGAUGAUCAAAAUUUAUAG